AUGGAAAACGUUCGACCAGAUUCUCGAAAGCCGGACCCUGCUAUGCCCCCUUCUGACUCGCCUGUGGGGAUAGUCAGCUUGCCGCUUCACGAGCUCAACAAUCAAGGUGAAGCUCCUGGCCCGAUGUCCGUCCUCGAAUGGAGAAGAGCUGUUUGGUUCGAAGUUCAAUCGAUCCAGGACCACCCCAUUACCCAGGCUCCAUGUCGAAGAACUCCAAGCAGAGUAUCAAGACAUACUAGCACAAACUCCGACAGUGAAGAUCUAACUGAUAAACCGAACAUCGGUCGACCCUCAAGACCAAGCUCACGACAUCGUAAAAGGCUGACGACGAUGCCUCUCAUAGACCUCUCUCAGCCCACAGAUGCCGAUGGACGCCCCAUCCAAUUCGAAGGCGGUCGGGCCCAGUUGGUCAGUCAGUCCAACAAGCCCAAGAAACGGAUGAUGGCUGCUCCGGCGGACAUCGAGCAACGGCACCGUGAGGCGAUGCGUCGCUUACAAGCUGAGGCCACCGAGCAUCUGAUCUUUGCGGAGUGGGAGGCGGCCCAUCAACGCAACAACAAUACUCCUCAGUGCGACCAAAUUAAUCUUCAUCGCGCGCCCAGCCGACGAGCACCCUUUCAGAAAUUAUCCGAUUUCGCUCGCAAAUCCGUUUCCAACCUCUCACUGAGAACUACCAUCAUCGAAUCCCCUUCAAGAACCGUCGCAUCUCGGUCAAACACCAUCGAUAGAUCUAGAUCGAGCGCCCCAAAAACGCCUGAAGGCAGCAGGAAAAACUCCACUCGAUUCACUCAGAUGAUCAAGAAAUUCGGAUCCAUAAGACGUUCGCCGAGCACACCCAAGAUGUUUUCUGCGAACUCCGAGGCGAGCAUGAGCAGGAAAUCCUUACUUUCCUCUUUCCGGUUUUCUGCUAGUACCUCAGCCUUCCACUCAUAA